AUGAACACUAUUACUUUACUUCUCUUGGCGACUCUUCAAAUUGGAGUUUAUGCUCAAUUUAGAGCGACCACUCAAGACUUCAUCGUGCAAAUCCACAACACUCUUCGAUCCAAAAUUGCAUUGGGAACAUACGUGGCAAAGGGAACAACAAAACCAGCUGGAACCAAUAUGCUUAAAAUGAAAUGGGAUGCCACACUGGCCACUUCUGCUCAAACUUAUGCCAACAAGUGCCCAACUGGACACUCGAACACUGCUGGAGUUGGAGAAAACUUGUAUUAUCGUUGGUCUAGUCUUCCAUUUUCUGGCCUAGAUGUCUAUGGUGGGGCUGCUUCUGUCGCAUGGGAACAAGAAUUCCAGACUGAUGGAUGGACAUCCAAUGCUUUCACUCAAGCUCUUUUUGACACUGGAAUUGGCCAUGCGACACAAAUGGCUUGGGCAAAUACUGGAUUGAUUGGAUGUGGAGUGAAGAAUUGUGGAGUUGAUGCAACACAAAAUAACUACAACAAGGUUACUGUCGUCUGUCAUUAUAAGACAAUUGGAAACGUUUUGGGACAAGAUAUCUACAAAAGUGGAACGACAUGCUCUGCUUGCCCUACUGGAACAACUUGUGAAACGGCAACUGGAUUGUGUGCUUAA